ACCCAAUAAAACAUUUAAAUUCUGCACGUUCUAUAGGUCACUAAACAAAUAACCAAAUUUGUGAAAUUUGACAAUGUUAAUUUCAACUUUUCGUUACAUUUUUCGCAUUUUCACUUGUGGUCUCUGACUUACUACUACUCUAUAUGACCCUGCAACAUUAUUAAAACACUGUAAUCUUGCCAGAUUUAUAGCUUUAAUUUCAAUAGUAAUGACUGACAGUAAGCAGCCAGCGUACAUGUUGUUAGCACGGCUUCCUCAUUGAAAAUCCCUCGAGCGUGCUUUGAGGGGUAAUGAGAAGGGGAUCCAGCCAAGAGACCCCUGAUGUGGCUGAUGACAAGCGAGUUCAAGGUGUGAAUAAAGCCCCAAUACAGCUUCUCUCCAUUACCUCUCACUGUUUUUUUUUGUCCUUCCUCAUGAAUAUGGAGGGAUUUGGCUUAUGGCAGACAGAGAGAAAGGGAGCAGGAGGGGUAGGGGGCGGAGAGAGUGAGGUGCAUGAGGAGAGGAGCAGAAGGGGGAGGGUUGGCGAGGAGGAUGAUUCCGUCAGUUGCCGUACCAAUGCGCAGGCUCCGUGGAACAGGAGAGGACGGCUGCUGCUUAAUGCUCAGAAAACAACACUCUGAGCCUUGACUGGCUUAGACAAGACGCCGUGGACUAGAAGAGCGGCCAUCACGACACGGAGCUUCUGUGUGUGUGUGAUGGGAAUGAUUGUGUCUGCUGUCGUUUCACCCUGACCAAGAUUUGCUGAUGGUGGUUUCUCUCUGACUAUAUUGGAAUAGGAGGGGCUGUUUCUACCCAGAUACACACGGAGAGAUUCUUCUGCAGGGAUUGUUGCAGCGACAAUCUCCACGUGACUGUGUGAUUAAGAGGGCAUCAGGAUGGAGGCCCCUCUGGUGUGCCUGGAUGAGGAAUUCGAGGAUCUGCGACCCUGCAAGAUGGAGGAGCUCGAAUCCGAGCAGCCUGCCUACCGGCCUCACAAAACCAUUCCUCUGGCCCCGCUCUGCCGCGAAGAGUUCUCAGAGCUGGAGAACUUCUCUGAGAUGAUGAGCUUCAAGUCCAUGGAGGACCUCGUCAAUGAAUUUGACGAGAAGCUGAACGUGUGCUUCCACAAUUACAACACCAAGACAGAAGGUCUGGCACCUGUUCGCAACCAAUCGCAUACCGAAGAGGAUGAGGAGAGGCUUCAAGAUGAAGACGUGUGGGAUGCUCUGACUGACAACUACAUCCCCUCCUCUGUGUCCAGCUGGGACGACCCCACCUCAGAAACGCUGAACGGCAACCUCUCAGAUCAGGAGAUACAUGAAAAAGAAGAGGAGGAGAUGAAUGAGAAGAAUGAGAAUGCCAAUUGUCUGAGUGACGAACCUCUUAUUACAGCUGAUCAGGUGAUUGAGGAGAUUGUGGAGAUGAUGGAAAACUCACCAGACCCUGGAGAGACAGAGGAAGAGGAGGAAGAUGAUAUCGCAGUGUCUUCCUCUAAAAGCAGCCCCUCUCUGUUGGAGGAGAUCCGCAUGCUGUCUCAGGCCUCCAACAACAACUGCUCCUAUGAAGGUCUGAGGCUGAUGCCCAGCUCGGCGCUGCUUGACAUCUUGUGUCGGAUGGAGGCGGCGAUACGAGAGUAUUCGGAGGAACUGGUGGCCCAGCUGGCCCGGAGGGACGAGCUGGAGUUUGAGAAGGAGGUGAAGAACACCUUCAUCACAGCUCUGAUGGAGGUCCAGAACAGACAGAAGGAGCAAAGGGAGCUGAGCAAGCGCAGGCGUAAGGACAAGGCCAUGAGUCUACAAGGAUCUACCCGAUCCGAGAAGACCGGGAGCAUGCCUGCAAAACGCUUCAGCAUGGAGGGUCUGUCCAACAUCCUGCAGACAGGCAUCAGACAGACCUUUGGGACCUCAGGGACAGAAAGACAGUAUCUAAACACAGUCAUCCCAUACGAGAAAAAAGGGACUCCUCCAUCUGUGGAUGACUUGCAAAUGCUCACAAAAAUUCUUUAUGCCAUGAAAGAAGACAGUGAGAAGGUCCCGACCCUCCUGACUGACUAUAUACUAAAAGUUCUGUGUCCUACCUAAAGUCCUGAGCGUGUGCUGAUGGUGAGACUGUGGAGAGGUCGGGUGUCUUCGUUCUUCCUCUCUCAGUUCUCCAGCCCAGCUGCAUGAGCUCUCUUAUCCAGUAUCAGCGAGGGACCCUGAACAUCUAACCAUCCUUCUCUUGCUUAUCUAAUGACCUUUGACCUUGCUCAUCUCACUGCCCUUCCUGUAUUCACAUAUCCACGAGGUUCAUACCACAGCGCCUGGUGCUUUACAUGUUUUCUACUACGUACGUUACUACGGGCCAAAAGCCAUAUGGAACGUGUAAGGGUAACAGGUGAACUAUAAUCGGUUUAACUCUACGAUCAGGUAAUAUUUUUAUUUUUAUUUUUAAAUAUACAUCUAACAUAAGGCAUUUUACAUACUACUCAAUCAUUCACAUCCGUUCUGAACACAGGUGACGAUGAGAAGGGCAUUAUUCACAAUCUUCUUCAGGCAUAGAUGUAUUGAUUCGAGAGCACAUUUGAAAAUAAUCCAUCCAUAAUUUCUGCUUUUGCCGUUUUAGUAUUGUGGCUUCAUUUCAGCCAAGGUUGGCUGAAAAUACAGCAUGUUUUAGUGUUCUACAUUAAUGCCAAGUUAUAGGGAGAAACCUUGUGACUUUUCUUAUUUUGGGUAACUUGAGACUUUUUUUCAUCCUAUGUAUGAAAUAUACAGUUAUACAUAACGUGAUUUCUUUGACCAUCCAUUUGUCUAAUAAAACCUUUUUUGUUAGUUUUUUUUUUUUUUUACUCUUAACAUUAACUGUCAUUCAUGCCUUGUGCUUACAUCUUUAAUGUAUAUAUUUCUUAUUUACUAAGGGACAUGGAGGAAUGUGAAGUAUUGCUGAGUUAUAAUUCCAAUAAAUGUCAAACCCUGUGAAAGCCUGAAUGACUGUUUUCAUUGUAAUAUCGCAAUAUUCCACUAGAGGGCAGUCAUAUGCAGGUUAUUAUAAUUCAUCGUACAUGCAAACUUAAACUUAAAUCCGCGUUAAACGAGGAUUUUUUUUUGUGGCGUCUAGUUUAAUAUUGUACUUUAAAAUUAAAAUUAAAUUAAAACAAUAACUGGUGACAUCAAAACUGUUGAUACUCAUUAGUUGGAAAAAGUUUUCAGAGUCAUGCUCGUAUGUGAGUGACUUCCCUUUCUAGUUCUGCUUAAACCAGUGUAAAAAAUGAAUUAAUUUUAUUUCUUUAUUUUAUUAAUUUCAUUUGUCCCCUGGAACAGAUAUCAUACCUUUCUAAAGGAAUAUUUUUUUUCUGAUAUACUGUCCAUGUCUAGGCCUACUACUUUUGUCUGUUGAAAUUGUAUUCAUCAUUUCAAUUAACUAAAGUUAAUUCAUUUCCCCCCGGUUUCACAGACGAGGCUUAAACUAGUCCCGGACUGAAAUGCAUGUUUAAGCUGUCUCAACUGAAAAUAUCUUGCUCUGACAUAUCUUAAAAUAUGUCAGUGUCAUUGUUCUGUGUCAAGAUGCACACCUUAAUGUUGUCUUCUAAGGCAUUUUUGUAAAAGUUGCUUAAAUAUCUUAAUUUAACUAAGGCCUAGUCCUGGUUUAAGCUAAGCCCCGUUUGUGAAACCGGGCCUCAGUGUCUUAACAACGGAAUAUCUGAACUAUAUCAUGUUUGAUAACAGACAAAAACAGAGGAAUUCAUUUUUGCUCAUUUUAAAUGCUGCAGUCUUGUUAGCUUAUCUUAGCCAUUCUGAGUCUGACCCUGACUAAAUAUUACACAGCUUGCGCUUAUUUACGUAACGCCUUAGGUUAUCUUUUCCACAUAUUAUUAAUAAUGGGCCACCAGAAAUGUCGUAAAAAGAAGUUAUAACAGUAUCUUACCUUCUGCUCUUUUCUUUUUAUAGCAAGUCUUAACCGUUUGCUUAGACACUUUCCAACGAAAAGCGCGCGAAAAAUAAUACAAUCGGCGGCCAUCUUUGAAACGCCUCUCGAGCAUGCAAGUGCGGCUCCUAUCUCUCUGAAUGGGGAACCAUCAAAUUCUCCAAAACUGUUCACUAAGCUUACGAUUAAAUUUCAUAUUUGAAAUCUGUCAACAACUGUAUCAUAAAUGUUGUUUCUUUUGCUCAAAAAGCGUUAUAAAAAGUUUAUUUUUCAAGCUAGAUCAGCCAGUGCGCAUGCGCACGUCUCAGAGCGCUGUUUCUAUAGCAACCGGGACUUCUAACUGCAGCUGCAGUGACGCGCUGACUUUACCGAUUAGCCAGCGAUUGGCUGUUUCAUUCAGAAGGCGGGGCUUCACGUCUUGGAUAUUCUAUAUUUAAUCUUUAUGAGGACCUUUAUCCGCCAUCAAAAAACAUUAAUUUACUUAUUAGUAAGCAUUAACAUAAACCUAGGUCACUGUAGGUCAAUAUACCAUGGACUGGAUCACAACAAAUACAUACAUGAUAUGUUAGAUAUCAUACAAAAUAUAUGUUACAUUUCUGACUCUACAGAACAUUACUACUAUGUUUCAUUGUAAAUGAACAGACUGCAUGUUUACAGCCAGUUUCUUUUAAUCAAAAAUAUGAAUACAAAGUGUUUUCAUGUCUGCUGACAGUAAAUAGUCAUAAAUACAGAACAGUUUGAGGUUGUCCAGUCUGCAGAUGACAAAAAGAUUGACAUGGGUACAGACAAUAAAACAUUUCUAAUAAAAUAAAGUAAAAUAGUUUGUGCUUGAAAAACAGUCAGUCGCACUGUACAUACAACAUACUUCAAAAAAUUACAGUAGUGGUUUAAAAAGCAUUUAUGAAAAAAAAAAAAAAAACCUACAACAUGAUUUUUGUCAUACAGAUGCGCUAUUGUGAUUUAUUGUAUAGUCUGCUAUAGCCUACUUAAAGUAACCAUGAACCCAUUUUACUUCCAUAAUAUGACGUAUUUCUGAAAAACUGGGAUGUUCAGUGAUGUGCAUUAAGAAAAUAAAUACGAGUUCAUGUUUCACUGGUGCAUUUAUUUCCUGGAAACUGGAUGUUUUAGCCUUAUGACCUUCAUUUGCAGCCUAAUAAUGCCAUAUUUCUUAAGCUACCAUUACUUUUGUUAAAAAUUUCUAGCAGUGCUCUGAAACAAUGCUGAUAAGAAUGUCAAGAAAAACUAAUAUCCCCACAUCAACAGGAACUCUUUGGUUUAAACCAGAAAAAAAUCAUGAACUUCUUUACUGCGAAAUUAUGAAAUGACCACAGACCUAGAGUGAGAAGUAAAUACCUUAUUUACAGUAAGUUAAAGGAAUGUUUACAGUUUACAUAUUCAGUACAAUACAUUAGUUUUAAAUAUCAUCAUGGGGUACAAAAACGCUAUAUAAAUAAAGAUACCACCAAAUUCUACACUUCUAAAUUGAAAAAAGCUACCUCACAUCUCUAUAACAACAGGUUUAUUUCUAAAUAUUUGGCCAAAAAACAUUUAAAAGGCAAAUAUAGCAACUUAAGUCACAUUUUAAGUGAUGUCCUUGACAUUC